UAUCUUCAUAGAAGCCUUUCGCAAACAACAUUACUCAACUCACUUCUUAUUUUGUUAAAAACCCUCAAAAUGGAUUCAAGUCGUUCAAGCAAAGAAAGUGGUGAUAUUGCAAUUCCAGUGAGGGAGGUUACCUCCUCCAAGUCCGUGAAGGGUGCACCACCUAUUGUGGCGGCAACCACCGUGAGACUUGGCCAACAACCACCGGUUGGAGGGUGGAAAAGAGGUGUUGGCAUUAUUGAUCUAAUUUUAAGGAUAUGUGCGAUUACUGCUACUUUAGCUGCAGCUGCGGUUAUGGGCACCACGAGCCAAAACCUCCAGUUUUUCACUCGGUUUUUUCAGUUCCAAGCUAGCUAUGAUGAUUUUCCCACAUUUACGUUUUUCUUGGUAGGAAAUGUGAUAACUUGUGUAUACCUACUCCUUUCCUUGCCUUUAUCGAUCGUUUGUAUCAUUCGCCCACAUAUCGUAGGAGCUAGGAUGUUGCUCCUUCUUUUCGACACGCUAGCAUUAGCUUUGACUAUGGCGGCUGCAUCGGCGGCUGCCGCCAUCGUGUACUUGGCACACAACGGAAACCCCAACACCAAUUGGCCGGCGCUUUGUCAGCAAUUCAAUGAGUUCUGUCCACGUGUUAGUGGGGCAGUGGUGGGUUCCUUUCUAGCGACGGCGAUUUUGGUGGCAUUGAUAGUGCUAUCCGCCGCUGCUCUCCGGAGGAACUAAUUACAAAAUGGAAAUCGCGUCAACACUUUCACAGAUAAAUUGUAAUUGUGUUCUUUUUAUGUUUUGGUAUUGUGGGUGGGGUUUGGUACAGGGGUAAUUGUGUCAUUGCACAUGUGUUCCAUUGUACAUUAGUGUUUGUGACUUGUGACUUUGUUCGAUUGAUAAUGAAAUUGGCAAGUUUUAUAUUUGGUUUAUUAAA